GGGAAAAAAAAAUUAAGCCGGUAAGGAAAAGAAAAUUAAAGCAAAGGAAAUAAAAUAACUGCAUUUUUUUAAUUGGGAAAGAAGGAAUGAGAACAAAGUUAAAUUUCUUUUUAAUUAAUUAUAAAGAAAAGAAUUCGAUUCAAAAUGCUUUCUCUCAUUCGUCCAAUCAUCCCUUGAAAUGUCAACCAAAUUCUUUUACACUAGACCGUACUCUUUAUCAGAGUUUAAUUUUCACAUAUAAAUAACGAUGACUCCCAAGGGGUGAGGGUUCUCACCCAUAGAUAAACCAAAAAAAGGAAAGAGUUUGAAGUUUUGACGAUGGCAGAAGAAUUUCAUGCUGGGAUUUGUGGAGAGACAUGGUGGGAUUCCUCGAAAGCAAUGUUUACGGGGUGUUCUUCGCCGUGUUCUACGGGGCUAGCCGCUGACAUGGGAAGCUUCGGAUGGAGUGCUGAUAUGGUGGAUAUUAAGGCAAGGUCUUCUUGUGAGGAGUCUAAAGAUAGCUUAGCUUUCCCGCUGGGGGCUCAGCAAGGUGAUUCAGACAGUUGUGGCAGCAGUAUUUUGAAUGAUUCUACCUUACAAAUGAUGGGUUUCGGCCUUUCAUCAUCUACAACAUCCGAUUGGAACCAAUCUUUGCUUCGGAGUAAUGUGAGAAGUGAAAGUUACAAUUCAGUUCUUCAAGAAGGUAUUAACUCUAGGCUGAGUUGCCGGAAAGAAACAGGCAUGGAUUCUUCCCAAAUCCAAAAGGAAUGGAGUCCAAGGAGCUAUACAAGCCCCGGGGAAGAUUCUUCCAUCACUACUUUCAAGCCUCUCAAUCAAGAUUUCUCCUUGGAGCAGCAGAGAUUGAAUUCACUAACCAGCUCCGGUAACAGUAGACCAACCUGCCAGUUUCCGAUAGGUUCAGUGUCAUAUGGGUACCCAUCAACGCUGUUACAAACUUUGUUUGAUCCUGACUCUCAAGCCCAAUCCCAACAACUAUCGCUUUUCAACAACAAUCGGUCAAUCGACUAUAUGUCGGCUACAGCUACUUAUGGGGCAAAUAACGCUACUGAAUCAUCACCUUCUUGGCCAAGACCAGCUCCUUUCGUAAGGCCAUCAUUGCCAAAACAGCAGCCCAGCAACUUGCACUUCACCAACAACGCACCCUUGUGGAACGCUUCCGCCACCGGUGUAAACGACGUCAAAGCCGGCUUUUCACCCUCGCAGCUGCAACCUGAGUUUCUUUUACAAACAUUUGAAGAGAAACCUAAUUGCCCCAGCCUAACGAAGAAGACUAAUACCGAAGAAGUCCGGAACUUGGGGUCACCGGUGAAGAAAGGAUUAAGUAGUGAACCUCCAUUAUUGAAGAGGCCAAGAAUUGAAACGCCAUCGCCAUUACCAACUUUUAAGGUUCGAAAAGAGAAGCUUGGGGACCGAAUCACUGCGCUCCAGCAAUUGGUUUCACCUUUUGGAAAGACUGAUACCGCAUCUGUUCUUCAUGAAGCUAUUGAAUACAUUAAGUUCCUCCAUGAUCAAGUUAAUGUUUUGAGUACUCCAUAUAUGAAACAAGCAGUACCUUCCACACAACAACAGAGUACUGAAAGUUUGAAAGAGCCAGAAGGGCCAAAACAAGAUCUAAGGAGCCUUGGGCUUUGUUUGGUGCCAAUCUCCAGCACGUUCCCGGUUGCUAAUGAGACCACAGUUGAUUUUUGGACUCCAACGUUUGGUGGAACUUUCAGGUAGGAAUAGAAGGCUAUUUAACAAAGCUAAAAGGAGAUUGUACAACAACUAUACUACUCAUGCGGUAGAUUAAUUACCAGACCCGAGGCCGGCCAUGACUACAAUAUUCAUAAAGCGGCAAAAAGAAAAAGGUAAUGGAAAACUUAGAAGGAUAGCUACAUUGCUUUGCUGUAACAGUCUUGAUAAAAAGCUAAAGAAAACAAAGGAAAAGGAGAAAAAAAAAGAAAAGAAAAAGGAAGUGACGAUUCGAAGGUGGAAAGUACAGAGACGAAGGGUGUGCUGGAGUGCUGGCAGAGACGAAGGGUGUGCUGAAGUGCUCGGCCAAGGGCAAGCAAAUGAUCAGGAACCAAACCCCUUGAAGGAUUAAAAUAGAAAAGAUUAGUUAACCUAAGCAUAGGUUUUUCAUUUUUUAUUUCUUUCAAUAAUCCAAGUAUAGUUGCAAGUGAUUAAAAAAAAAAAAAGGAACAAGUGCUAAAUUCAGCGAAAAUUGAACUCAUAUUUAUAGAAGAUUAAUUUUUUUGUUGAUGUUUAGGAUCUGAAUUUAGCAGAUUUGGGGGGGUAAGGAGCCCCUGGGCCUUCUGUUCCUUUUUGAGCAUAUGUGUAUAGCCAUCCCCUUUUAUCAUCUGGUACCUUAUAAAGAGAGAGAAAUGAUUAAAGAGGUUUUAUAUUAAUGGUGUA